GCCCCGCCCGCCCGGAGCCGCCGCCGCCACCGCCGACCGAUCCCGGAGCCGCGCGCGGCCCCCCCGGUGAGCUGUGGUGUGCCAGGCCUCGAGUUUUAAUGGUUUUUAUGUAGGUUUUUUUUUUUUAAAAAACAAGACAAAUGGAUGAAUGAAGAAGGAUUUUUUUGAAAGAAGAGGAGGAAAAAAUGGAGAGGUUUGGAACAAACUGAGACCUUCCCUCUGCACUGUCUGGGCCAUGGGUGAGACAGACCUGCCCAGCACCACUGCCACCCUUGGGUGUCUGCUGGGGUUGUAAAGGCACUCCCUGAAUGCCCCCUUCCAGGUCCCCCCCGUUCACCUGCUGGGAAAUGGUUGCUGUUGAGAGGAUUUAAUGCAAUUCCUGUCGAUUCGCAACUGCCAAGUGGAUACAGAGCCUGUGGAAAGGCCUGAGGGGUCAGGAGAAAGGAGCAAGUAGGAAAACCCACAGUCUGCCAGACCUUCCCCUCCACCCCCCUGGAAAGAAAGGAUUUACAGCUCAACCUUGCACCAGCUGUUCCUCGGCUUUAACGGACAAGAGAGAAAUAAAUAAAAUUAAACGGCCACCACCAACCAGCCCCGCAUCCCGGUGAAAUCAGGGAGAGUGUUCCCGUGACCCCUCCAGCGAGGGGAGGACGGGGAGGAGGAGGAGGCACCGUGAGGAAGCCGAGCAGAUUGCUUGGAGACCACCCCCUGCUCCUGUACAGCACCGGGGGCUGCGGCACUGCCGAGGUGGAUUAAAAAGGAGAAGUGGCUUCCCCGAGACUCCCAGAGUGGCUUUUUUGCAAGGAGUUUGCUGAUCCUGUGCUCUUCCCAGGGUGCUGGCCGGGUGGGAAGCGCCGGGCAAGCCUGGGGAAUUCCCUCCCCUGGGAACCUGGCUGCCUGUUUCCUGACGGAGCGAGGCUCGCGAGGACUCCCAGUGUUCCCGCUUCAACGGCUGUUUUAAACCCAAAUCCCCUGCUCUGCUCUGGAUUUUUGAUGGUUUUCAGCCUCCUCUCCUGCACCCACGAGCUCUUGCAGGGCAGGGCGUAGGGUGUGCUCCUCUCCUGGGCCACCAGCUCCAGAGACUUGUCUGGAUUAUCUGUCCAGGUGGGAGCUUGGCCUGGGAGCGGGCACAGAGGCCGGGAAGGGGUCGGCCCUUGUCCCCCUCCCCUUCUCAUCCUGCUCUGACUCCCGUGGGGCCUGGGCUAUGCUGCGGGGCGGACCCCCCACCACAGCUCCAACAUGCCAGCAGCCUCUGGAAAGAGAUUCAAACCCAGCAAGUACGUCCCGGUCUCUGCUGCUGCCAUCUUCCUAGUGGGAGCCACCACCCUCUUCUUCGCCUUCACGUGCCCGGGGCUCAGUCUCUAUGUUUCUCCUGUCAUCCCCGCCUACAAUGCUGUCGUCUUCCUCUUCGUGCUGGCCAACUUCAGCAUGGCCACCUUCAUGGACCCGGGCAUAUUCCCACGAGCUGAGGAGGACGAGGACAAGGAGGACGAUUUCCGGGCCCCGCUCUACAAGACGGUGGAGAUCAAGGGCAUCCAAGUGCGCAUGAAGUGGUGCGCGACCUGCCGCUUCUACCGCCCGCCACGCUGCUCCCACUGCAGCGUCUGCGACAACUGCGUGGAGGAGUUCGACCACCACUGCCCCUGGGUGAACAACUGCAUCGGGCGGCGCAACUACCGCUACUUCUUUCUCUUCCUGCUGUCGCUCACCACGCACAUCAUGGGGGUCUUUGGCUUCGGGCUGCUCUACGUGCUGUACCAGGUGGAGGAGCUCUCUGGUGUACGCAUGGCCGUCACGAUGGUGGUGAUGUGCGUGGCCGGGCUGUUCUUCAUUCCCGUCGCUGGCCUGACAGGCUUCCACGUGGUGCUCGUGGCCAGGGGCCGCACUACCAACGAACAGGUAACGGGCAAGUUCCGUGGGGGUGUCAACCCUUUCACCAACGGUUGCUGUAAGAACGUCAGUCGGGUGCUCUGCAGCUCCCCAGCCCCCAGGUACCUCGGGCGCCCGAAGGCCGAACAGACGGUGCUGGUGAGACCCCCCUUCCUGCGGCCCGAGGUGUCGGAUGGUCAGAUCACCGUCAAGAUCAUGGACAACGGUAUCCAGACAGAGCUGAAGAGGACGAAGUCCAAGGGGAGCCUGGAAGUGACGGAGAGCCAGUCUGCUGACGCCGAGCCGCCACCCCCACCUAAGCCCGACCUCAGCCGCUACACGGGCCUGAGGACACACUUAACCCUGGCCACCACCGAGGACAGCAGCCUGCUAGGCAAGGACAGCCCCCCAACUCCCACCAUGUACAAGUACCGGCCUGGCUACAGCAGCAGCAGCAGCUCGGCAGCCCUGCCCCACUCCACCAGCGCCAAGCUGAGCCGAGUGAACAGCCUGAAGGAGCCCAACUCCAUCUGUGAGAGCGGCCACAAGCCCAGCUACCGCUCGGAGCCAAGCCUGGAGCCCGAGAGCUUCCGCUCACCCACUUUUGGCAAGAGCUUCCACUUUGACCCCCUGUCCAGCGGCUCCCGCUCCUCCAGCCUCAAGUCGGCGCAGGGCACGGGCUUCGAGACGGGCCACCUGCAGUCCAUCCGCUCCGAGGGCACCACCUCCACCUCCUACAAGAGCCUGGUGAACCAGACGCGCAACGGCAGCCUCUCGUAUGACAGCCUGCUCACGCCCUCCGACAGCCCCGACUUCGAGUCGGUGCAGGCGGGCCCGGAGCCCGACCCGCCCAUGGGCUACACCUCGCCCUUCCUGUCAGCCCGCAUCGCCCAGCAGCGAGAGACCGACCUGCACGGCCGCUUCGCCAGCGCCGCCUCCCCCAAGCACGCGGCGCCCCGCGAGCCCUCGCCUGUGCGCUAUGACAAUCUCUCCCGUCACAUCGUGGCCUCCAUCCAGGAGCGGGAGAAGCUGCUGCAGCAGCCACCGACCCCGGGCCGGGAGGAGGAUGCAGGGCUGGUGGACUCGGGCAUCCAGUCAAUGCCAGGCUCCAGCAACGCCCCCCGCACCAGCUCCUCCUCGGACGAUUCGAAGCGCUCACCCCUGGGCAAGAACCCCCUCACCCGCCCGGCCCUGCCCCGCUUCGGGAAGCCUGAGCCCCCCCCGGCGCUGCGAGUGCGCUCACUGGGCUCUCCCGACCAGCCCGCCACCCCCCACCUGGGCAAAUCCGUGUCUUACAGCAGCCAAAAAUCAGCCUUGCAGGCUGGCGGCCCUGAGACGGAGGAGGUGGCCUUGCAGCCCUUACUGGCACCAAAGGACGAGGUGCAGAUGAGAACAGCCUACAGCAAGUCCAAUGGGCAGCCCAAGAGCCUGGGCUCAGCCCCACCGGGCCCGAUGCCCCUCAGCAGCCCCACCCGCGGCAGCGUCAAGAAGGUGUCGGGCGUGGGGGGCACCACCUACGAGAUCUCGGUAUGAGGGGCAGAGCCGCUCCCCCCUCCCCUCCUCCCCGGUGGCCCCCAGGGACGCGCUGCUGGACGCUUGUGGACUCCAGGGGAAGCCGGGCAGGGGCACAGCCCAGCGGCCGCCCUGCCCUUCCCCUUCUCCACCCCUUGGCCUGUGGGGGCUGGCACACACCCUCGGGGGGGCUCUGGGGGGAAGGGGGGGGCUGCAGCCCUGGCACUGCCUCGGCUGCACCAGCCACUUGUGGGCCUUGUGCAAUCACCCGCUCGCCUGGCGUGGUAGGAACGGAUUGUUUUUAAACCAGAAUACUUUUUUUUAUUAUUAUUGUUACGGAUUCUAUUUUUUUUCUCUUUCCGAGUUACCAGGUGUGUGUAUAUAUAAAUAUCUAUAUAUAUAAAUAUAAGUAUUAAAAAAAAAAAAAAAAAAAAAGAAGCAGAAAUUAUAUAUCUUACCCAGAGAGAAACUGCCCGCUCUCUGCCCGGGGGUCUCAGCCCCCCAACCUGGUCUCCAUCCCCAAAGGAGGGAUGUGGGGUUUCCAGUGCAGGUCCUGGGCAUCACUGUCCUACCCCCAGCAGGGUUACAGGGCUGUGGGGUGCCAGGUGCCCCUCUGGUGCCCUGUCCCAAGGUCUCAGAUGCUCUCCCCCCAGUCCGUCAUGUGUGCAGCCUCCAGCCCCCCAGGGGGCCCACAGACAAGGUAGGACGGGGGCAGCCCCCUCCCACACCCCCAGCCUCUCAUGGACUCCAGCUUCCCCCACCCACGGUUUUUGUUCUUUCUCCUUUUCCCUGAGGGCUGUGGUCGGGGGUGGGGAUGUUGUGAGUGUUGGUUUUGUUGCCUUUGUUUUUUGUUAAUGAUUCCAAUGGAGUUUCUCGCUGCCACAGGGGUGUUUUAAUUUCCAUUUGCUUGGGGAAGAGGCAGGUCCGUGGGGCACAUCCCCAGAAAGCAAUAUUUUCUCAUCACAUGCCAAAAAAAAAACCCGCAGCCAAGGAGCCCCAUGCUCCCCAUCCCCUGCCCUGCCUGGGCAAAGCCGUGGCCCUGCAGGCACUACUGGACUCUUUCUCUACGGCAACAGCUCCUGUGGCCCCGCAGAGCCACGCCAGGGUUUUUUAUUAUUAUCAGCCAUUUUAAAGACGAGGAAUAAAAGGAUAUUUAAUGAGCUGC